AUGCCGCUCUUUUCCAAUGUGCCAGCUCUUCGCUUGACACUCGCUUACGCCCUACAUGACCCGUCCGCUCUUCUGCCACAUCGAACCAUCCCAACCUUGUUAUGGCUUCCACUGCCAGUUGGCCCUUCGCUACCUACGAAGCCUACCAUUCGAGCCAUUGUUUUAGAUAAAGAUAAUACCGUGUGUCCUCCUGAAACGGCAAAUAUGCACCAAGCGUAUCUCAACAAGAUUGAAAAGAUCAAGCAAUGUGCCGAAUUCUCUCGCAACGGGAAUAGUGUUUUGAUAGUGUCGAAUACUGCUGGCAGUUCUUCGUCCCCCGAGCACGAAGCGGAGGCUAAGCAGUUGGAACUUGAGCUCGGGAUACCAGUUUUAAGACAACAUCCAGACAGAAAAAAGCCACUUUGCGGCCCAGAUAUCUUGAAGUUUUUUCGGGACCAUGGAGUUACCGAAGAUCCACGAGAAAUUGUGGUCGUGGGGGAUAGACUUGCGACUGAUGUCCUCGUGGCGCAUCAGAUGGGCAGCUGGAGUAUCUGGUGCAGAGAAGGUUGGCGAAAUCCUGAAACGCCUGGCCGGGACUAUAGGGGAUUCUUCAGUAAGAUGGAAAGCCGGAUCGAGUCACUCCUAAGAGGCGGUCUGGGACGGGUUGCUCCACUACCGAUGACCAUUAGUUCGUCUCCCGGCAAGCCUUGA